CGGUUCCAAACUUACGACUUCGGCCAGUCUCUUUGUCCUCCAACCAUGGACACAGCCGUUUAGGGGGUCGCGCAGACCCACAGGGGCGCCAUCAAAAGAUUACAUCACAUCCAGAGGAAGAAAUCAUUGGUUUCAACUUGAAGGGGAAGACGGCUGUUGUUUGACUGGCUGCUUGACGGGAAGACUGUCAUCUCUGGGAAAAGGAUUAUCUCUUCCUUCCAUACUUUAUAAAUCACAUUUUUUCUCACAUUUCCACUGGCACUAUACUCCACUGAUUUGGAUGUAAAGACUCUUUUUGGCACAAUUUCAGCAACUAUUUUCAAAGAAUUUGGAUUAUCCUCUGAGGUCGAUUGUGUCCUUUUACCUUCUCAGGGAUCUGUCUACUUAUCCCAUCCACCUGGAACAACUUAGAUGAGCUCAACCUGCUUAUAACUCACCUGAGUGCAAGGCCUGCACCCACCACUGUUUAUUCCAACGGCCUCAUUUGUGUGACGCCGAAAUCAUUCUCUUAGAGCCAUGACGCUGCUUAAGAUGAAGUUCAACCAGCAGAGGCGGGUGCGCCUGGCCCAGGGCCUGUGGCUGCUGUCCUGGCUGGCGGUGAUGUGCGGGGCCUUUAUCUUUUGUCUUGGCGUUUACAUCAAAGUAGAGCUGCUUCGAAGGUCCGAGGUGAUGGACAACACAGAGAUCCAUGUGGUCCCCAACAUCUUGAUAAUGGUGGGCCUUGCCUCCAUCGGCACCAACUGGGUUGCCACCCGGGUGUGUCAGGACUCCCUGGACGCGAGCCGCUUCCCUCGCUGGAAAGUCCUCCUGCUGGCCUGGUUCGCCGUAGCCGCCCUGCUAUGCUGCCUGCUGCUCAUAGUGGUGGUGCUCAGCUAUGCUCUGCAGGGACGUCUGGAGGAGUCCCUGAAGGUGGGACUGAGGAAUGGUAUCCGGUUCUACAAGGACACAGACGUGCCCGGCCGCUGUUUUCAGAAAGAGACCAUCGAUCGUCUCCAGAUGGAGUUUACCUGUUGUGGAAACAACAACUUUAAGGACUGGUUCGAGGUUCAGUGGAUCAGUGGCAGAUUUCUGGACUUCACUGCCAAGGAAGUCAAAGAUCGUAUCCGGAGUAAUGUGGAUGGCCGCUACCUGUUGGAUGGUGUACCUUUCAGCUGCUGUAACCCCGCCUCACCUCGGCCCUGCCUGCAGUACCACCUGACAGAUAACCAUGCCCACUACAACUAUGAGUACCAGGCCGAGGAGCUCAACCUGCACAACCGCGGCUGCAGACAGGCUCUCACCGACUACUACAUGGGUUUGAUGAAUUCAACUGGUCCCGGUGUGCUGUCAGUCAUUUUAAUUCAGAUGUCAGUGAUUCUGAGCAUGCGGUACCUGCAGACUGCUGUGGAGGCAGCCAUGGAGCUGGAGAACCCAGAGGAGGAGGAGAGUGAGGGCUAUAUCCUGGAGAAGGGCGUGAAGGAAACCUUUGAAGAUGUCAAAGUCAAGGUCCUCACCCUGCUAGCGUUUGGGCAGGUUGAACCCGCUGAAGGGGAGGAUGGCGAUGAAGACGAAGAGACAGAGAAGGCUGGCUCUCCAACACCGAGCUAAAGCAAGAAAUUAUUUCAAUAUGAGCUGUGGAGAAAGGGAAACUGGGGAGGGAGAUUUUUUUUUUUUUUUUUUUCCAAUGUGUCGUGUGACGUGGUUGGUCUCAGGUAGGGACACCUGUUUUGACACGGUAGGCUUGAUUUACGCUCACCCAGUGCAGCAGCCUCAGCUUCCCUUGUGGUCGCCCAACCAGGGCAACAUAUAGGGGUCCUAUCGGGCUCUGCACGGACACCGAAACAACCAUCUCCUCUGUGAAGAACCUCGUGAACCACCAGAAUCUGCUCAGGAGAUGUGUAGUACUUAUUGUUUUGUCUAGAAGAGAGUACUUCCAGUUUUAACAGGUGUAGCUUAAACAAAUAAACACACUGUUUUGAUUUGAACAGUUUUGGCUCAAAUUUUGUAAAGUUGCAAUCAAGCUAAAGUUUAUGCCAUGUGCACUGUAUUGUUCACCUCACAGCUGUAGAAUUUGUACUGAACUGCAAUGAAAUGCUUCAGAACCUGUUACACUGGCAAAAGCACACAAAUCUUAUAUUAAAAUAGAAGUUUUUGACUGCUUUGUAGUGUCGGCUUCCUUUUGUACAAGUGAUACAACAGAGGCGGGUGUAAACUGACAGUGACUUAUCUCAGUUUAGCAAGGAAAGUUGGAUUAAGUACGAGUGUUG